AUGAGUACCAACGGCAGUCAAGUACCCACAGAUAGAGACCCCUCAAGACCUCGAGCUCAGUCCACGAACUCGUUCGCUUCGUCCUUCAAAUCUCCACGAGUCGCUCGUUUCGCCGAAGCGACGACCGUCAACUCACCCAUCGACCCACCUCGAUCGUCUUUCAUAGCUGUACCAACCAGCCACUUUCGACCGCAGCCACAGCCAUCUGACAUCGGAUUUGGGUAUAUUGAUGACAAGCACACUUCGCACGUAACAGUCGAAAUGGAAGACACAGACAACAACUAUCUACCUCGAGGUAGAAACGAGGCACCUUUGAGCCCGCCUCUGAAGAGUGCAAUGAAGACGCCUGGAAUGGCUCCGAGAAACUUUGGUAACCUCAUGAGCCCCACCUUCCGAGAGGAGCAUGUCUUGGAGAAGAGAGAACUUGCUACUGAAAAGGAGCAAGCUAAGGAUCNNUUCGUCGUCAUGUGGGGAAUCGGCGCCGGUAUUCUCAAUACCACUCGAACCAACAGCAACGGACAAGAUCUCUGGGGCUGGUCCUGCAAGGAGAACAAGCGCAAGGAACUUUUCGCUGAUGAUGUCGACUACGCCCUUGUCUGCCGUUUGCAGAACUGGUCUUUGGUGUGUGCAGUGAUCGAGAUCGUGGUCGAGCUUUGUGCAAUCGGCUGUUACUCGUUCGUGUUCUAUCGUAUCUGGUCCAAGAGGAAGCUGCGCAAGUCCAUGGCUGUGCGUGACCGCGCUCGCUCGGAUCUUUAUCUUGCCCAGCUGCGUUCUCAAUCUGCACCAAACACACCUGGUCUGAAUGGGCCUCUGAGCCCGAGAGACGGCGGUUGGAGGCCGCCUGUCGACUUCUAUAAGGCCGGUCCAUCGGUCGAAGCUGGACCGGUGGAAGAUGAGGGUGUCAGAUAUGUUGAUGCUUCUCAACAACCCCCAGCUCCUAAGCCGUUCGUACUACAGCCACCCCCUACCAAGGGUUCGAUACCAAAGAUUCAGCAGACAGGCUUCACUCCCCUCAACUACACCUCACCAGCAGAUUCGAGGUCACCUUCACCAAUUCAAGCACAGCCUACGGAACAACAGCAAGAACACUUUGCUGCAGCUCCUGGCGAACGGGUUUACGAGUCUGUGCCUAUCCCCGGUUCUUACGCAAGUCCUUUGAACUCGCCGACCGUCGCACCAAGGCACAUGAGCUUCCCUCAAAUGAGCAGGCAGCUGUAA